AUGAGCCGCGGGGAGCUCGGGGCUCGCCUACCCCCGGGACAGCCUCCGGCUCCGCGGAGCCCCCGAGGCGGCGCUCCCCGCUCCCCUCACUCACAGCGCUCGACCCUGGGCAGCAGCCCGAUCCGCGCGGGGCUCCUCGCCGCCCCCUCCCGCCCUCCGCCCGGACCCGCGCUCUCCCCGCAGACCCCCGAAACUUUGCGGUUGUUGUCCCGGCGCUGCGGCGCUGUACCUACCCAGAGCGUGCGGGUCCCUCCCGCUGCCUCGCGGUGUUCAGAGGGAGCCGGAUGUAGUGAAGUGCUGGGAUUUCACGAUCUGAAAGCUUGUUCAGCUUGGGGAAGGUGGGAAGGGGAAUACAUCACGUUUCAGUCUCACUCUAUUAGCAAGUCCAAGAACACCAUUGGAGAGGAGGCUUUUAUUUCUUCAGCAGCCACAGCCUUGAUUUCACAAAGAGUUACUUUUUACAUCGAAGGGGAAAAAAAAUUACGUACCUCCCCGUCGGGGAAUCGAACCCCGGUCUCCCGCGUGACAGGCGGGGAUACUUACCACUAUACUAACGAGGAACUGUACGGAAGCGAUUCUCGUAGCUACCGCUACAUCCCUUCCCCGUAUGCUGUGCUCUGCUUCCAUUGGUUCGGUUACGUUUCCACACUCGCCUUGCCUUCUCCCCCUUUUCCCGCGAUGCGCUAUGGGAAUUGUAGUUCUCCGAGCGCGCUGCCGAAGACCAAUCCAACCGACCGCAAAACCACGCUUCCCAGAGCCCCGCGCGCCGCCCUGCUCCUGCCCUCGGUGGGCGGGGCGGUGACGGUGACGGCGGCAUGGCCCGCGACUGCCGCUCGGGGCGCAGAGCGCGUGCGAGCGAUGGCGGCUUCGGAUCCGAGUUCCUUCGCGUCGCCCUCCUGCUGCCUCACGCGCCACCUCCACCUGCGCUGCCGCGUGGACUUCGGCGCGCACGCGCUGCGGGGCACGGCGGCUUUCACCGCGCGCGCCGAGCGGGACGCGCUGCGUUGCCUGGUUUUGGAUACAAAAGACCUCCAGAUAUUUAAAGUGACUGCAAACGGACAGGAUGCAAAAUUUGCUUUUGGGGAAAAGCACAGCUUCAAGGGGACCCCCCUGGAAAUCACGCUCCCCUUCGAGAUGAGAAGGGGACAAGAAGCAAUUAUUGAAAUCUCCUUUGAAAGCUCUCCAAAGUCUUCAGCUCUCCAGUGGUUUACUCCAGAGCAAACUUCCGGAAAGAAACACCCAUUUCUCUUCAGCCAGUGCCAGAUCUCUGUUCCCAAAGAGUUGGUGGCUCUUAUGAGUGCUGGUCGUGAUGGAGAGAUGCCUGACCCAGAGGACAGCAGUCGGAAGAUUUACAGAUUCAGUCAGAAUGUUCCCAUACCUUCCUACUUAAUUGCUUUAGUGGUUGGAGAUUUAGAAAGCAGAAAGAUUGGUCCAAGGACACUGGUGUGGGCUGAAAAGGAGCUGGUGGAUAAAUCAGCCUACGAAUUUGCUGAGACUGAAGCUAUGCUGCAGACAGCUGAAGAUUUAGCAGGACCUUAUGUAUGGGGACAGUAUGAUUUGUUAGUCUUACCACCUUCUUUUCCUUAUGGUGGUAUGGAGAAUCCUUGCCUUACUUUUGUAACUCCAACCCUAUUGGCAGGUGAUCGAUCUCUAUCAAAUGUUAUUGCUCAUGAAAUCUCUCACAGUUGGACAGGGAACUUGGUAACAAACAAAACAUGGGAGCAUUUCUGGCUGAAUGAGGGGCAUACUGUAUAUCUGGAACGCAGGAUUGGUGGUCGGUUGUUUGGUGAGCAGUUCAGGCACUUCAAAGCCUUAGGAGGAUGGAGGGAACUGCAGAAUACGAUAAAUACGCUUGGAGAUAAAAAUCCCAUCAGUAACCUCGUCCCCAAUCUGAAUGAAGUAGAUCCUGAUGUUGCCUAUUCAUCUGUUCCGUAUGAGAAAGGCUUUGCUUUGCUUUUUUACCUUGAGCAGCUUCUUGGAGGACCAGAUGUCUUCAUGGGCUUCUUGAAGGCUUAUAUACAGCAGUUUGCUUAUAAGAGCAUAGUAACCGACGACUGGAAGACGUUCCUGUACUCCUACUUCAAGGAUAAGGUAGAUAUUCUUGAUAAAGUAGACUGGAACUCUUGGCUGCAUGCUCCAGGAAUGCCACCAGUGAAACCCACGUAUGAUAUGACGCUAACAAAUGCCUGUGUUGCCUUGAGCCAAAGAUGGAUCAAAGCAAAAGAGAGUGAUCUGGGUUCAUUCAGCUCAGCAGACCUGAAGGGAAUAUCAUCUCAUCAGUUGAUUGAGUUCUUGGCACUGUUGCUCCUGGAGGCUCCUCUGCCGUUGUCACAUGUCAAACGAAUGCAGCAAGUGUAUGACUUCAAUGCUAUAAACAAUUCUGAAAUACGAUUCAGAUGGCUGCGCCUCUGCAUCCAGUCCAAGUGGGAAGAAGCGAUUCCUCUGGCUCUAAAAAUGGCAACAGAGCAGGGCAGGAUGAAGUUUACUCGACCCUUGUUCAGGGACCUUUACAAUUUUGACAAGUCUCGAGAUCUUGCUGUCAAGACAUUCCUGGAGCAUAAAGCCUGUAUGCACCCAGUCACAUCAAUGCUUGUGGGCAAAGACUUAAAGCUGGAUCAGUGACAAACUUAUUGAUUCAUUUGAAAUUUUCUUAUUGCUGAUUCUGCAAACUGUUUGUAUGCAUGCUUGAUGAUGGCGUAAAAUGUUCUGCUGCUUUGGUACUAUUUAGAUCAAAUUUGGUACUUUCUAUUUUGCAAUUCCAUGUAAUACUGCAAAAAUCACUGAAUCUUUGGAACUAGGAGAAAGGUUUCUUUGCAAGCAAUUGGUAGAACACAAAAAAUAUUGAGAUGUUGUCAUUUGUCAGUCAUGGGAUUUAAAAACCUGGAAAGAGUGUGGCUCUUUGUGCACAGCUUUCUCUUUCAUAGCAAUAUACAAUUAAAACUUCAAGUAUCUGACAACUGAAAAAUAAAUCUUUUUAUUGCUCA